UUAAAAAUCAUAAUUUCUUCACCCAGAAGGCAAACCUCUCUCUCUCUCUCUCUUUCUCUCUACCUAUCUCCAAUGGCAGGGUAUCCUCCGGGUCCUGGCUACUCCUACGGGGCGCCGUCGGCUCCUCCAUACACUGCCGCACCGCAAAACUACGGCAAUGAACCUUCGCAACCCUACGGUGCCGUACAGCAGCAAUCUUACGGCGGCACACCUCAGCAACCUUACGGAACCGCACCGUAUCAAACUUACGGCUUGGGCGGUCCAGCGCCAUCGGCACCGUAUGCUAAGCCGGAGAAGCCAGGGAAAGCGCAUGUCGGCGGCGCACCACCGCAACCCUACGGCGGGGCACCGCCUCAAUCUUACGAAGCCGCACCAUCUCAAACCUACAGCUACGGCGGUCCCGCGCCGUCGGCACCGUACGGUAAACCCGAGAAGCCGGAGAAAGCGCAUGGCGGAGGUGGGGGAGGGUACGAGAAACCACCGGCUUACGGUGUGGCGAGCCCUUUCGCGGCGCUUCUGCCGUCUGUGUUCCCGCCUGGGACAGAUCCGAACGUGGUGGCGUGCUUCCAGAUGGCCGAUCAGGACGGGAGUGGACUCAUAGACGAUAAGGAGCUGCAGCGUGCUCUAUCUUCAUAUAACCAGAGCUUUAGCAUUCGGACAGUUCAAUUACUUAUGUAUCUGUUCACUUCAUCGAAUGCUCGGAGGAUUGGACCAAGGGAGUUCAUCUCAUUGUUUUACAGUCUUCAGAGCUGGAGGGUCAUCUUUGAGAGGUUUGAUCGUGAUCGGAGCGGCAAGAUCGAUGAAUCGGAGCUUCGCGAAGCCCUUCGGAGCUUGGGCUAUGUGGUUUCCCCUUCUGUGCUGGACCUGCUUCUGUGUAAGUUUGACAAGAGUGGUGGCAAAAGCAAUGGCAUUGAAUACGACAACUUCAUCGAAUGCUGCCUCACAGUCGAGGGUUUGACAGAGAAAUUUAAGGAAAAGGACCCAAUGUACACUGGCUCUGCUACUUUCAGCUAUGAAUCCUUUAUGCUUACUGUGCUUCCAUUCCUCAUUGCCUGAUACAGAAACACAGUUGCUUUUGUUCCUUCAACUUAUUUCAGGUUUUUCCAAUCUUUAAGUGAGUUCUUUGAUGUUGUAUCCUGAAUUUUAUCAUUGUAUCAUAUAAUUCAUGUUCUAAUUUGGGAUUUUUGUAUGUUUUCUGUAAAUGUUUUAUAGUGGGGUUGUGCAUAUUUGAUGCAGUGCUUCUUAAGACAAGAUUUGUCAAGAAAUUGUUUUAUAUUAGAUUUAUUUAUUGCAAAUCA